ACAGAAGGGGGCGAACGUCUGGGUUUGCCGCGCCUCGUCUCCCAGAAACGAGGACGACAAACAAGAGCUGCACGGCGUACUUUCCGACUGUGGAAAUGGCGCUUCGUAUUGUGAAAGCCUGAAGUCCAGAGCCUUUUCGUUCCUGUAAUUUUUUUUUAAACUCACUUAGGGCUCUUGGAAUUGGUGAAUUUCGRGAACAAACGGAUUAUGACAGAGGAAGGAGAGAUUCUUGAGGGAAAACAAAGCAAUAGUGGCUCCGAAGCCUUCAUCAUCCUUGGACAGUGAACGAUGCAUGACCUGACUGCCCAAGUCACCAGCAGCCUGCUGCCCUUCUCUGGAGUGACUGUAGACGCCCUGGGUGAGGAUGAGAUCAGCCUGGACUGUGUGCUUCAUGGCAGGUUCACUGUCGGCCGCAGCGGGUUGGCGUGGCUGGCCAGUGGGUCCAACCUGGAGGUCGUCCACGCCGUGACAGGCGAGCGGCUGUCUGCGUACUGCUUCAGCGGCGGCGGAGGAGAACACCCACCCAUUGUUCUGGCUGCCAGGGAUUUCAGCUGGCUCAAACGGUCUGGGCUGCUGGUUGGCUUGGAGGAAACCGAAGGCAGCAUUCUGUGUCUGUAUGACUUGGGACUGUCCAGGGUGGUGAAAGCUGUGGUCAUACCAGGCAGGAUUACAGCUAUUGAACCUCUAGUGAGUUAUGGUGGAGCCAGCACUUCUACGCAGCAGCUCCACCAGAGUUUACGCUGGUUCUUUGGCAUUGCUGCCGUGGUAACAGAUCUGGGUCAUGUCCUGCUUGUGGACCUCUGUCUUGAUGAUCUGUCCUGCAGCCAGAGUGAACUGGAGGCAUCAGACCUGCAGGUGGUGACCAAAUCUCCUGCAGACAUCCCGCGGCUCAGAGAGGUCAGCUCCCGCCAGGGCAGACAUCUCUGCCUGCAGCUGAACCCGCCCAGCGKCGUUGGCGCCACGGCYCUGCAGUACGUGUCCAGAACCAACCAGCUGGCAGUGGGAUUUUCUGAUGGACUGCUGCAGCUGUGGAACAUGAAGACGUUGAAGAAGGAGUACCAUUCGCAGCUGGAGGGGGGCAGAGUGCCUGUUCAUGCCUUCACCUUCCAGGAGCCGGAGAACGACCCCAGGAACUGCUGCUACCUCUGGGCUGUCCAGUCCUCUCAGGAUCUCGAGGGAGAUCUGGUCAGCCUCCACCUGCUCCAGCUGGCCUUCAGCGAAAGAAAGUGUCUGGCUUCUGGGAAGAUCCUCUAUGAGGGUCUGGAAUAUUGCGAGGAGCGAUUCAGUCAGGAGUUGAGCGGCACGUCGUUUCCUCUCAGGGCUCAGGCCACGAACACACAACUGCUGAGCUGCCAGACCAUCGAGAAGUUCAGAGCCCAUCCUGACAGGGACGACAGUUUGAAUGAAGUUGCAUCCCCCGACACCAGUUUGUCCAUCUUCUGCUGGCAAGUCAAGGCUUAUGGCCAGGGAAGUCCCUCUAUGUAUAUCGGGGUCUUUGACAUCAACCGCUGGUACCAUGCACAGAUGCCUGACUCUCUCAGAACCGGKGAGUCUCUCCAGAAUUGCCCCUACCUGGCCGUUUGGUCCCUGGACUCGGUGGUGCAGAUGGUGUCGACCCAAACCUUCCUGGAUGUGAUUGUACACGAGCGCAGCCUUAGCCGGGGCCUGCCCUUCACCUGCCCCCCUCCAGAGCAGUACUUCAACCCAACCACUUACAACUUCGAUGCUACUUGCCUACUUAACUCUGGGAUUGUGCACUUAACCUGCUCUGGGCAUCAAAAAGAGACUUUAAGUUUUUUGAAGAAAGCUGCACCUUGUUCCAGUGACAUCAUCUCCAUCAGCUACUCCCACUGCCUCAUGUCCGGCCUCCUCUCGUCCCGCGUGGCAGACGCUCCGGCAGCCAGCCUCUCUCAGGAGGAGCAGCUCGAUGCCAUCUUGUCAACAGCAGUUGAAACCAGUUCCUUGGGGUUAAUUACUGGUUGUAUUAAGCAGUGGACUGCAGAAGAACAACCAGGAUCCGCUCUGAACCUGCGCUACAUCCUGGACUGGGCUUGGGACAAAGUAGUCCAGACCAAAGAGGAGCUGGACGGCAUCUGUGCUCCGUUGUUCGACAGCUCAUCCAACUUCACCGACCCGCAGACGCUGCAGUUGCUGCAGCACACCCAGAGGCUGCUUAGCAACCUCAGCGCCAUCUUCCACUGCCUGCUCAGCGAAGCUCAGGAACUCACACACCAAGGUUUGGCAGGUCUGAUGAACAAGAACAUGGUGUCCAGUUUAAUUUCCAAAUACGCUCAAGUGGUCCUCUGGUUCUGCCGCACCGGCUUACUCCCCGAGGGAUCAGAUGAAGAUGCUCUCCAGAUUCCCAGGCCUUUCUUUACUCACUCAGUCAUCAGUAACUAUUACGCCAUACGCAGAGAGGAGUUGACCAGGCUGGCCAAGAGUAAAUGGUGUGCUGAUUGCCUUAUGAUCGACGGUUUGGUUGGACAGUGUGGUGAACGUCUGACCGGUCUAUGGCGGCGGGACGAGGGCGGGACAGGACAGUACCCCCCACCUACUCUGCAUGCCUUGCUUGACCUCUACCUUCUGGACAACAUCGAAGAAGCUACCAAGCACGCCAUUGUGAUUUACCUGYUGUUGGACGUCAUGUACUCUUUCCCCAAUAAGGAUGGAACAUCCGUGGAAUCUUUUCCCACAGCUUUUUCCAUCCCCAUYGGACUGGUUAAACUGGUACAAGGACUGUGGCUGCUGGAUCAUAACGACCAUCAGAGUUCGUUUGAUCUGCUUCUUCACCCGGCUGCUUCUCAUUUUCAUUUCGAGUGGCAGCACGAGCGGGUUCUGCAGGCGCUGAUGUGUCAGGGCCAGCAGUCCGUGGCGCUGCGCUACUUCCACGUCACAAAGCCUCCAAUUACCUCCACCGCUCAGGCCAAACUUUCUCUGUCCGUGCUGCUACACAACAGGUGUCUCAUCGAGGCGUGGUGUUUACUUCGGCAGCACUCGAACCGCUUGAACAUCGCUGAGCUGCUGGGCUUCCUGUAUGAGAGCUGCCAGGAGCUGGGCCUCAUGAAGGAGCUGCUCAAGCUGCCUCUGGGCCUCAGUGAACAGGACUGUUUGGAAAAGUUUCUUCAAGGCACAGGCGGCCUUCAGAACAGAGAGCUGCUGAUGGUUCACUACCUGCAGCAGGCCAACUACAUUCCUGCCCUGCAGCUCAACCAAACCCUCAAAAUGAACCUGGUGAACGAGCGAGACCCAAAGGUCAAAGAGCGAUCCAACACCAGGAACUCUAUCCUGGACCAGUACGGCAAAGUUCUGCCUAGAGUGCAGAGGAAACUGGCGAUGGAGCGAUCCAAACCUUAUCAGCAUCCAGCCACCGUUCACAAAGAAGUCUCUCGGCCGCAGCCGCUGUCGACCGUCACCAAGCGCUCUGCCAGCGAGAAGGUGAUGUCCAGAGCUGGAUUCAUCAGCAGCGUCCUCGCCAAGAUCGAGGAGGUUUGGCUCGGAAAAGAGGCGACGCCCCWGUCCUCGCCAGCCAGGACACCAAAAGCAGCCGCUGCUCAGAGCUCCAGUCCCAGGUCAUCGUCGCUCGGUUUCACUGAUCCCUUCCUAGGAACGCCCAUCACCAUGACAACCAAACGAAAGUCAAGGCUGAUGGAUCUGGUGGUCCACCCGUCCUGUCACACGCCUCAGCCUCUCCUCAGUCCGCCCGGACCCACGACCUCCUGGGUUUCUCCAAAGAGCUCCAGAAAAGCGCCUGAGUUCAGUCUGCUGCAGACGCCGCAGGUCGUCAAGGUGAGUCCAUCACUUUGGACGACACUUUACUUAGAUGUGCUAAAGAUGUUUCUGACCUGUUUUAAAAUGGCUGCCRUCUUGCCGUGCAGCGAGGAAGAGGAGGAGAAUCCAGCAGCUGUAGAUCCGUCGGUUUUCACGCCACAGAAGUCCACAGUUUCUGUGACUUCCUCAGAGCCGACAGGCACCGACUCCCACUCUGUAGUGAGCUUGAAUGACAGCGAAGAACUGUCCAGUCCUGCAUCUGAGGAKGAAGGUGAAGAGGAGUCAUCUAAUCAAGCUGAAGAGGRAGAAGARGARGARGAGGAGGAGGAGGAAGAGGAAGACUCCGGCAGUGAGGUGGAGAUCAUUGAUGAGGUUCAGGGUAACGGGAGGCUGCCGCUGCUGCAGCCCGGCUCGGUCCUCAUGCAGCAGGAACACGCCCACUUCCUGCAGGAUCUGUCAGAGCAGCGAGCUGCYGAGUUCUCCCUGGUCGCACCUGGUGCAGAGAUGAAGAUCGUAGAGGACGACAUCGAAGGCGAGGUUGUGAUGGUGAGACUCGGCGGAGACGACGGAGGGAUGGAGCUGGACGCCAACACGGAGCCAGCGUCGUCAUUGUCCUCGUCAUACAUGGAGCUCAAACCUUCCACCACUCUGCUGGUUCCCUUYGAGUUCAUGGAGGGACAGCAAGGCCUGGUGGACGGCUCCGACCUCGCUCUUCCUGCUCUGCAGCCGGGCGCUGCGGCCGAAGAGCAGCAGCCGGAGAUUCACACCGGCUUCACGCUGAUGCUGGACACGGAAGAGGACGGAGUCAAGGAGGCGGAGGCGGCUGUSGGGAAUGAUGUGCAGCCGUUGGAGCUUCCUGAGCCGCUGCAGAUGGAGAGGGAAGACCCGUCUGACAGACCUGACGUCAUUCCUUUGGACGUGGAUAACAGGGAAGAAGCUUCACCAGAAGGAGAGAGCGCGGCGAUGGAAAACCUGGAUCAAAAUGAUGAUCGUGGACUUGAGGAAGAGGAGCUCGGAGAUUCACAAAUUGACCUGCAGACUGAAUCUACUGCAGAGAAACAGGAGACCGAAGACUCUGCAGAGAUAAAAGCUGCAAAGGUAGAAGAAAUUGGAUCAUCUGAAGAUCAGGAAGCUCCUUCAGUAUCGGUUCCAGAAGAAUCUCCAGCUGCUGUGAACGAUGCMGACUCGGCUGAACGAACAGAAGCAGUUGAGGAGGAAAAACCAAUCCCUGCUGAGGAAGCGCAGCUGCCUGAGGGGAACGGGUCUGUUCCUACAGAGAUGGAAAACACUGAGUCUGCUGUAGAGGACAAGAAGCUUGAGCACACGACAUCAUCAGACACUAAAGUUGGACAUGAGGAGGAAACGGAGGAACAACCCAGGAGACAACUGAGGCAUAAAAACGUUGCAGAAGAACCUUURGAGAACAUUGUUGAUCCAGAAAGUCAAACUGCGAAACAAACGCCAGCUGCUCAGAGGAAGGAAGAUUCUUCUACUCCAUCCCGGAGGAUGACAAGAGGACGAAACGCGACUUUAAUCUCUCCAGAGGCAGUGAGCGAGCCAGAGCUGACGAAAACUAGCAACGACGCUCCUGCCUUGCCAACUUGUACUCCGAAGAGAGGCAAGCCGCUCCAAAUCGUCACACCUCGUAGAAGUACCCGCAAAAUUCAGCCGGUAAUUCCUAAAGAGGAGCCUGAAAACAUGGAUUAUGAGAUUUCCACGGCUUCRACCUCCAGGAGGGCUUCGCCAGGCAGACGAUCGCAGAGAGCUGCUGCAACAAGAACCGACAGCGAGGAGGAAUCUGCGACCGCAGAGGACAGCCAAGAGRAURAGGGCGUGGAAACGAUAAGAGGUCGCAGAAAAAGCAGCAAGACUCCAACUCCUUCCAAACGCACUCAGGCCAGCACCCCCAGGAGGUCCAGCAGAAAGACGAGCAAUACCAACGAGGAAGAGCUGACCCCGGUGACGGUCAAAGAGGAGCCCGUCUCUCUAAAAUGCAGCGGCAAAAAAAUUAGACCACAGAUGCUGCCAGUCGUGUUUGAAGAAGACGAAGGAGAACAGAGAGAGGCAGAGAAGAAGCGGCAACUUUCCCAUCCUGGGAGGACAACGCGACAGUCCAGCCAGAUCACUAUAACUGUGUAUCCUCAAGUAAAACUGGUUCCUGCCGCCCUUCCUCAGGGCAACAGGAGGAGGAGAGAAGAAAGUGGUUCAGGAAAAGUGAGAGAAGGCAAAGAUCCAAACAAAAACUCUGAUCCCACCAACAAUCGUCGCCCAACGAGAAGCAGACUCUGGAGCCAUCCUGAGGAGGAUCUGCCCCUGCUGGACUCUCCGUUAGAGGUGGACUCGGAAACUCCUGUUGCAGACGCCCUCAUCAAGAGGCUCAAGGAUGAAGAGGAGAGACGGGAAGGUGUGAAGACUGAGAGAACCAGGAGGAGGAGCACCAAAUCCUCAGUGGAUCAGGUUUCAUCUCCUCCGGAACCAGACGGCCCGGCGCCUGAACCUGCAGCAGGUCAGUCCAGUCCAGGAGAAAACUCGUUCAUCUACUCUCCCUCCCGCCGGCGACAAACAAGAGCUCGUAAAGCAGAGUCUUCUUCGCCAGGCGAGGAGUCUGAGGCGCCGGUCACCCGCAGCAGGAGCCGAGUCAAAGAUGCUUCUGUUCAGGACAAAGCUUCCUCAGAAACUGAUCGCGCUGAAGUGGAGAAAACAUCUAAAACCAGAAAAACAAGCAGGAAAACAGCAAAAUCCGCAGCUGUUUCGGAGUCUGUUCCCAUCGCCGAGGUGGAUCUGAUCUCGCCGCUGCCCAGCCCGGCUGAGCCGCUGCCGCGAGCGCUCAGGGGGAUCGCAGACGAAGCGCCGGUCCCGACCACCAGGAACCUGCGGCGCAAACGCGUCAUAGACAUCGUUUUCUCAAAGCCCGUCACCCGCAGGAGGAAACUUUGAGGAGGCUGGAGGUGGUAGUAACCCGUGAACCUCAGGCGGCUGCAUGAAGAUUUGAACCAAAUCAAGUCGAGAGCUGUCAAAUAAAAAGGAACGGCCUGAACUUAUGAUGGUUCUGCUUCUUGAAAUGCCUCAUAGUGCUGCAGUUUUUCUGAAAWACUUUCCUCUACAAAGAGGAAAAUGGAAACGGUGGACGUGGGAAGGUUUAUUUUUGGGACAGAAACGGUAAAUUCAGUGUGAAGGAGGAUUUUAUUUUUGGAGUUUACAUUUCCUUCUCAUGCAAACUUGAUUUCACUUGAUAAGUGACCAUUUUAUGUUCUAAAGCUUGAGCUCUGGACACUGAAAGGCACAAAGAAAAGCAAUCAAUGUGGAUUUUUAGAGGUUCCUAAUGAUGAACAGAACAGAUCUCAUGAAGAGGUUUUAUUCCCUUUCUAUUAUUUUAAGGCUUUCUUUUCUUGUUGCCGUUUUAAAAGUUCAAGACCUGCUGUUUUUCUAUUCAAGAGGAAAAAGGCAACCGGCUAGCAGGGAUCUAUUGCUACUGCUGGAUUUGUAUAUAGUCAUUUGUUAUGUUCCAAAUAAAGUUAAUAAUUAAAUCCUAAGGAAUUAAGUUUAUUUUGAAUUUGAAGUGUCUUGAAUGCAUUUGAUGAUCAUAUCAGAUUGCCUUUGCCAAAGUCUUAAAAUCUAAGAGGAUUUUGUGUGUAAAACUGCUGCUGUCGGCAGAUACGGGAGAGAUGUAAAGGAGAAAAAAUGCACAAUUUGCAGAUGUAAAAGUAGCUCGGGAGAUAUUAAUAGGUUUGUUACAUGCAAUUUAUGGCAACAAGCAUCUGAUUCAGACUAUUUUCUGAUUGAAUGUAUGUAGAAUGUCUUAUUUUUGUUGACUGCUAUUUGAUAAAUAUGGUUAAACCU